AUGGGAGGUGGGCUAGGUCAAUUUGGAGAUACCACUCACACCAAGGUGUUUGUUGGAGGCUUAGCUUGGGAAACCCAAAAGGAGACGAUGAAGAAAUACUUUGAACAAUUCGGAGAGAUCUUGGAAGCUGUAGUUAUCAUAGACAAGAACACGGGAAGAUCAAAAGGAUAUGGCUUUGUAACUUUCAAAGAAGCAGAAGCAGCAAAAAAAGCUUGUGUGGAUCCUGCGCCUGUAAUAGAUGGCAGGAAGGCUAACUGCAAUCUUGCUUCUCUGGGUGUUCAAAGAUCUAGACCUUCCACCCCACAACAUGGAGGAGUUGGAGGCAGGAACUUUAGGGCAGGAAAAUCUUUUUCGAGUGGCUAUCAAGGUGGGGUUGGAGCAGCGGCUUUUCCUUCUACGCCAACUCUCCCACAUUAUGCCAUCCAACAAGGAAUCCCCUAUGCUCUAUAUGCAGGGUACUCUCCAAACUACACAUAUCCCAUGGCCUACUACGGUUGGAAUGGAGGAACAAGCGGCCACUAUCUUGUCUAUGGAACAGCAGCAAAUGGAAAUGCUGCUGCUGCAAACUCUACUAAUUUCUACCCUUACUGGCAAUAUGGGCAGAGUUUUGAUUACCAGCAGUAUCCUCUUCAAUAUCCAUUUAUGACUUCGUCUUCUUCUUCUGCUCUCCCUCAGCACUAUACACCACCUGUGUCCUUCAAUGCUAUCCCACACUCACAACCAGGUUUGUGUUCAUCUUAA